AUGGCGGAGUUCGCACUUGGGCUGACCAAGACGGCGGUGGAGGGGACGCUGAUCAGGGUCAAGUCGGCGAUAGAGGAGGAGGCCAAGCUGAAGGUGAGGGUGCAGCACGACCUGGUGUUCAUCACAGGCGAAUUUCAAAUGAUGCAAUCGUUCCUCAACAUCGCUAACACCGAGCGUGCCAAGAAUGAAGUGGUGCAGACCUGGGUGAGGCAGAUCCGAGACCUUGCCUUUGAUGUCGAGGACUGCGUCGAGUUUGUUGUCCACCUCGACAACAGGUCCACCUGGUCCUGGCUGUGGCGUGUGCUGCCGUCCUGCAUGGCGCCGCCGCUGCCCCUUGACCUGGCGGUCGCUGAGAUAAAACAGCUCAAAGCCAGAGUCGAGGAUGUAAGCCAGAGGAACACGCGCUACAACCUCAUCACUGACUCGGGUUCCAGCUCCUCCAAGCCUGAAGUCUCACUUCCGGUGGUGGUGCCGCCGGCCACUACCGGCUCAGCUUUCCACAUCCUGAACGAGGUGUGGGACGCCAUGGGUAAGCGACGGGGCAUGGGCGACCUCACAACACUCAUCAUGAGUGAGGACACUGGCCUGCUAGUGAUCUCGGUAUGGGGAAGUAGUACCGGAGGUGCAGAUCUUGGGAAGACGUCCAUUUUCAGGAAGGCGUACUGUGAUCUUGAAAUCUGCAAAGAAUUCAAAAAUCGCGCUUGGGUAAAGCUGGUGGAUCCAUUUGACCCCGACGAGUUCCUCAAGAACGUGUUGGCUCAGUUCUUCCCGACAUCUCACCAACCAAAUAAUGCAGAUCAUGUAGACUUCCGCAAAAUGAUGAAGGAGGCGGUGGUUAAGGAAGACAAUCUCAUGAAGGCCGAGCUCAUGCAGCAAGUAAGCGAUGAGCAACGGUAUCUCAUCAUUAUAGAGGAACUAUCUGAUGUGGUACAGUGGGAUGCCAUCAAAAUGUGCCUGCCAGAAAGCAACAAUGGCAGCCGAAUCGUCGUGGCAACACAUGACUUGCGGAUUGCACUUUUGUGCACGGGGAAGCCGUACCAAGUAUGGGACCUCAAACACUUCUCUGAUGGUCAAUCUCUCUGUGCCUUCUCCCUAAAGACACCUGAAUCCGUUGAAGGCAAGCAUUCUUGCAGCAGUGGCAGAACAGAAGAGCUUCACGACCGGGUCGAGAAGUAUCAUGUUUACCGUGGAAUCGAUGAACAUAAAUGCCUUAUGGGAUGUUUAGGAAAUUCUGGUGUGACUUCUAUGUGGGGGAUUGCUGGUGUUGGAAAAACACAUUUCGCCCGGCUUGGAUAUGACGAGAUGCGUCAUAGCUCGAAAUUUAUGAAGUACAUCUGGGUCGACAUGCCAUAUCCGUUCAGUCUGACUGAGUUCUCCAUACACUUACUUUCCGAUUUCCACUCGUAUGAUCUUGAAGCCAAAGAAUCUGCAGCAAUCGGUGUAAUUGAAGGCCAAGAUCCAAUCCAAGAGUGUUGUAAGAUUUUACGUGAAGAAAAGUGCUUCCUUGUUAUAGAUGGUGUACGGUCCACGUAUGACUGGGACUUGAUAAAAGGCGCCUUCCUAACCGACCCUACUCAGAAUAACAAUACCAUCGUGGUCAUUACAAAUGAAGCAAGUAUCGCCAUGCAUUGCACACCUGAGAAAGAUAAAGUCAUAAACAUAAAAUGUUUUAACGCCGGCAAAGCCCGUAUGCUCUUCACGAAGGUAAACUGUGAGCGCAUUCUAUUGACUCCCGAGUUGACGAAGGUUUCAAACAUUAUCGUAACCAAGUGUGGCGGGCUUCCGAAAGUAGUACUAGCUGCUGCUAGCAAAUGCUUCAUACCGAUCUCCAGAUAUGAUGUACUAGAUCACAUGGAGCAUAUGAAAGCUGAUUUUAUGGAUAUUUUGGAGACUGAUCCUACCCUGAACAGUUUAUUUUCUUGGAUGCGGUCAUAUUUUGAUGCUUGCUCGGAUUCAGUCAAGCCAUGUAUCUUCUAUCUGUCAGUCUUUCCUGCAGACCAGGAUGUCAGAAGGAGGCGUCUGCUGAGGCGUUGGAUCGCAGAGGGUUACUCGAGGGACAAAUUUGGUGACACCGCGGAGGAGUACGGGGAAAUUUUGUUCUCCGAGCUUGUCAAGUUGAGCAUAAUCCAUCAGGAAGAAAAUAAGGUCUUGUGCCAAGUCAAUGGUUUCUUCCGUGAAUACAUCAUCUCACGUCCAAUGGAAGAGAACCUUGUAUUUGCAUUGGAGGGACGUUGUAGCCCGAACUCGCAACACACAGGACAACACCUUGUGGUAAGGAGCAGCUGGGACAGGGACAUAACUGUGUUUGAGAGCAUUGAUUUCUCGAGGCUACGGUCUUUGACAGUGUUUGGGGCAUGGAAGUCAUUCUUCAUCUCUACCAAUAUGAGACUGCUACGGGUGCUUGAUCUGGAAAACACGUCAGAUCUAACAGAUGAUGAUAUCAACAAGAUUGAUAAGCUACCACCUCGCCUCAAAUUCCUCUCACUACGAGGAUGCACAAAUGUCAGCCGUCUGCCCAUCUUGUUGGGUGGCCUCAGGCAGCUGCAGACACUUGAUGUCAGGUACACCUCUAUAGUCACACUACCACCAUUUAUCAUCAAGCUGCAAAAGCUACAAUACAUUCGCGCCGGCACUAAGGAUAUGGUGGAGGAAGUAGCACUGGGAGGAGAUGAUGAUUCAUCAACAUCAACAGUGCCACCUGAAGUCGACGGUAUUGGCACGGUCACAAUCAACAACCCACCAACAUCAGCAGGUGUGAUCGAGAUAUCAACAUCGUCAUCCAAGAGGAGGCCUGCACGUACUUUGGUAUCAAGCUGGUUAUCCAAGUUGCGCAGGCGAAAACUUCAUAAUGGCGGUGUUGAGAUCCCUGUAGGUAUCGAGAAAUUGACGGCCUUGCAUAACCUUGGUGUUGUGAGAGUGAAAGGUGCACAUGGGAAGGCCAUCCUGGAGGAGCUCAAGAAGCUAACCCAACUGCGCAAGCUUGGGGUGUCCGGCAUCAACCGUGAUAACUGGCAAGAGUUGUGUUGUGCCAUCUCGGGCCACGGCCAUCUAGAGUCCUUGUCGGUGCAACUCGGCGAGGAUGAGGAGGAGGCCGGUGACUUCUUAGUGUGUUUACCCAAGACCUUAAACUUAAAGAGCCUUAAGAUUUUAGGGGGGCAAUGUCAAAUACCAGCCUGGGUGAAGCAACAGGACAAUUUCAAAAAAAUUGAAAAUUUUGAUCUUGAAUUGACCGUAUCGACGCAAGCCCACAUGGACUUGAUUGAAGAAUUGCCAUGCAAGAAGUUCCGUCGUCUUCGUGUCAAGCCAACUCAAGACGGCGAGCUCCAUUUUGGUAACCCAGCAUUAUAUGGUGAGUGGGAUGCGUUCGUGCCCUUCACCGAGCCACUUGACUUCAAGGUCAUCAAGAUUGAUUGCCGCUACAGGUUAGAGGUAACUUUUGCUCCUUGGUUGCCAUUAUAUGUCAAGUCGCUCAAGGUUCAGUGCUCUAGUGGAUCGUCUCUUCGUCUCUCGGGCCUACAUCGUCUAUGGGGCCUUAAAGAAGUAUGGCUUACGGGUUCAUACGGCGACGAGCUGAAGCAAGAGUUGCAGCAGGAAAUUGCUGUGCAUCAACACAAACCUGUCCUGAAGCUGGAGAAACAACGUUCGUGA